UGAUAGAAUUAUACGUAGUAUAAGACUAUAAAUACUGGCAAUAAAAAAAGUGAUUUAUCUCAAAAAAUACUUAACGCUCUCAAUACGUUCUCCACUGAAGCGGACGGCGCCUUCUAAUCCCCCAUUGAAGAGGCAGCUUAAUUUCAUAUGAGGACGAAUAGAAGUUUAAGUAUAGUAAUAAGACCAGGCAUCAGAGCUGAAUCAUGGUCAAUCGACGAACAUUCUAGUGAUGACCAGAGGCCAGUCGAUGAUUUCUUCACCAUCAUCUUACGGUAUUGCAACCGUGUCGACAAUGUUACUGGGACAUUAAAGUUGAAGAGAGAAAGCUCUGAUUGGCAAUUUGAUGUCAUGGGUUGGCUCGCUCAUCUUAAUGUUGAUGUCAAUGCUUGGGAUGCUAUCAUUGAUAUUGUGGGCGAAAGUUGUGAGAGUUUGAUAACUGAUGUUCGCGAAUCUGGUCGCACGUCUCUUGUUUUUAGAAUUAUGGUUUGCCAAUAUGAAGAGUGGGAGGAAGAGUACCACGAUUACGAGCUCAUGUAUCUUGGUAUUGAACAGGAUUCCGAAACUGAAGAGGAAGAGGACUACGAGCCCAUGCAUCCUGAUAAUCUUGAUACCGACUGGAUUGAACAGUAUUGUGAUCCUGAUCGCAUAAAAUCUAUUCUACAGGAUGGUGGAGUCAAGUUUGCUAACGGCGGCCAUUCAGGAACUAUUAGUAAUUGCUCGAUAUGUUUAGAGGAGUUUGGGAUGUCAAACAAUGUGGCCACUCUUCCUUGCUCUCAUAUCUAUCACGAACAAUGCAUGAUUCGUUGGGCUUUUCAAGGAAAACGAACGUGUCCAUUAUGUAGAUUGGAGAUAAAAUUGAAUUUCAUUGGGAAGACUCUGUGAUUUGAUGUCAUGUGUGUUAGGUCUUGCUUGUAAGUUAGUUUAUUUAAGACCUAUAAACUCUCAGGAUUAUGGAAUUGAUCAACAGUUUUUUACUAAUAUAUGUAUUCUCUCUUAUUCU